AUGCCCGCUGGCGUCUCGUGGGGACAAUACAUGAAAUUCUUGGGCAGCGCAAUGCUGGCCAUGAUGGCUGGCUCCCAAGCGGUUCACUUGUACUUUAAGCCGCUGGACGAUCUGCCCGCGUACAUAGCCAAGGAGCAGCAACAGCUGCAGCAGCCAGAGAAAUCUACAAACAGUUGACUUGCAAAUUAAAACAU